UUCAGUCUCCUAAGUUAGACUGUGUGACAGGGAUGAGGGGAUGAGCUUCAUUUGUGUGAAUGUGCCAGGAAUGGGAGCAUGCUGAAAGAGCCAGACAGAGCGACAGAGAUGAAUGUAUAUUAUGAUGCAGUUCAAUCUUUCUGCUGAUGCUUUGCACAGCGUUUAACUAAGGAUCCAGUUUUUGUGUAAGGCUUCUCCUUUCUAUCAUCUGUGUGUGCCUGUUUAUGUGUGUGAGUGUAUGUGCAACUCUAACCAGGGAUCAUGAGCUCAAAGGGGGCAAACCUGAACAUCAAACAUCAGCCAUCUGAAACAGAGAACGCUCUGAGGAUUCCGGACAUGGACGUGGCCCAGCAGCUGAGGCUCAGAGAAAGUCAGCGCUUCUUCGAAGAGGCCUUCCAGCAUGAUGUGGAUGUUUACUUCUCCUCUGCACACUUGCAGAUAGAUUACAAAAGGGCGCCCAUGAGCAGCAUCUCAUCCAUGGAGGUCAAUGUGGACAUGCUGGAGCAAAUGGACCUUUUGGACAUCUCGGAUCAGGAGGCGCUGGACGUGUUUCUUGCCUCGACCGAGGAGGACGACUCAUGUCCGUGUCCACUAGAAGGUCUCAGUGGCAGUAACGACAUUGAUUCUGCGCUGAGGGAAGAAAUCUCCAUGAGAGUCCCAGACACCUGCCAGCUCAAAUCCCGGAUAUCCUCUACUUCCUCCACUGCCACCUCAGACAGCCAAGGAGAGGACGGCGCAGAAACCCCCGUUGUCCAAUCGGAUGACGAGGAUGUUCAGGACGAGGAUGGGCUUUUGAUAAACGGUACACCUCCAGCCAACUGUGCAGGAGAAGACCCUGAGCUGUCACUAUGAAUGGCGUCACCGGUUACUACUGAUGAAUCCUGUACUUCAGUGUUUGUGUGCUGUUAAAGACUUUCUCUGGUAGGUUGCCUCUUUUUAGCCUGAUUCGACGUCCCCACGGAUUCUAUUUUGCGUGCAUUACUUUGUCUGCAGAGAACAUUUCUGUUCACCUGGACUGCUGCUGUAGAUUAUAAAGCUGACAGAUGUACAAUAAUUGCCAUAUUGUAUUGGUUAUAACGACAGCAGAGUAGCAAAGCCUUAUUUAGGAUUAACGAUGCAGGUAUACAAAAUGAACUGUUUCUUCUGUCUACUUCUAUAUGUUUGAGAAAGAAAGCUUAGUCUUCUGUCAUAUGAAAUGUACAUCGCUAUACUGUGCAUUGUUGUCCAAUGUUUUUCAUGCCUUCGAGUAAUGUCUACUUGAUUUCAACUCACACUUAAAUAUUUUUUAAUAUUAAAAUAAAGUCUACCCUAACUUUGGAA